AUGCCUGCUGUUCCGAUUCCCAAAAAUGUAGAUGGAUUCAACAUGAUGAAAACUUCCAUCGUCAUGAAACUCUGCUGCCACAAAGAAAACAAAAUCGAAGCAAACGAUGUUCCCGUCGGAAAACGACCUCCAAUGAAAGAUCACUGGCCGCACAUAAAAUCCGCCAUUUUUCUCAUCUACGCCGUGUACUACAGUAUCGUCACUUUUCGCAUCAACUCAAUCAGAGGUUGGAUGACGUCGUGGAUCCAAUUCGCUUACAGAUCUCUUGACUGUAGUGAGUUCGACCACAUAGAAAAAUGCGAAGAGAAAAUCGAGGAAACAAUCCUACUUUUAAUUGAUAUCAACGGAUACGCGUAUUUCUCACUUGCCGUCAUUCCAUUUCUUCCGGCUUUUUUGAUCAAGUUCUUCACAAACAGAUAUCCGAGCGACUAUCCCUUCGCCGAGAUGAGAACAAAGCUGAACGCUCUCCUGAUCCAAAUGACAUUUUGCAUCAUCGUCGCUGUCGUUUGUUCAAUAAUGAUGACUUUUCCUGCCUCAGCUCCAGAUUCAAUCGGCCUUGCCAUCAGCUUGAUCUCUCUUUCUGUUUUUAUCGUCCCACUUCAUUAUGCAACUCCAUGGCUACUUCUUUUUUCGUACUUUCCGCCACCAAUGUCUCAAUUUCUUUAUGCUGUUCUGACGAUUCCGUCAAUUUUUAUCAGCUUUCUCAACGAUCCUCUUUAUAAAAUAAUCCUCGGCGGAGCAACAGAAGCUAAAGACUACGAUUUCACAGCAGUAUCUUACGGAAUGGCAGCUGCAUCUGGAAUCUGCAUACUCUCAGUUGUUUACAUGUUCUUCGAUAUCCGAAAAAUGGUUUCGAAGAAAGAAUCCGAUUGGGCAUCAUCUGGGUCCCCGAAGAUUGAGAAACGAAUUUCGCUACAGGAAGAAGGCGAUGAUAAUUUGGCAUUCGACUCGACGGAGAAGAAUUACGAGCUUGAAAAUACUGAUUUUUAG